UUUUAAAAAGUACUUUAACAGCUCUGCACACACACACACACCAACCUACACCUUUUUAAACGUUCAAAUGUGUGCUGAUUUGAACUAUAAUAGGCUUUCCAUCUGUGUGUAAUAAAUAGGCCUACGCUCGCAGAAUUCCCAUCUUUUCCUUCAGUCCCUGGAAUACAGUACAAAAUACCCAUACUUUUGUUUUGGUUUUGUAAUGCCUUGCCUUGCCAAGGCCAAUGAACUGGAUAAAAGGGCCAAAAUCCCCCAAAGGUGAAGGCUGGCAAUGUAGGAAAGGCGUGUGUUACAAAAUCUGUUGUACAACACGGUCACAUUCAUUAUGAUCUAGAAUCUAGAUUUCUAGAUCUAAAUUUGUGGAGAAAAGACACGCAAGCUGCAGAGUCUGCCAUCCACCGACCAACAACACAAGGCCACAAGGCACAAGAUGGCAAGUCUCAAGAACGUGUUGCUGAAGAACCCUCUGGGAGUCGUGGGCUCGCUGAGAACUCUUUGUUAUCAGAAGAAUUUCAGCGGGCACGAUGCAUGUGCAACCACUUCCUGUUGUCCGGCUCGCAGGGCCGAGAAGUGGGUUCGAACGAGGUCGUAUUCGGAUGAUGCGGGUAAGUUCAAAGUUCUGACCCAGUCCACGAUGCUGAUGCAGGAUGGGAAUGACAUUGAGGAGCUCCCGAUUCUCAUUCGUAGGGUGACCAGAGACUGGUUUCCCUUCACCACACACACCUACUCUGGAGGAAGCAUUAGAGAAGAGUCCGAGUUCGAAGCCAGCUUCCGUCAAAUUCUUCACGAUUGUUCGUCUGUCAGCGAUGUGUUUCGUCUGCUCGAGGUGCCGUCGGAUCGUGUCAGAGGUUACUCUGCGGCCUUCGCCCUCCAGCGACUUCAUGUCUUAAAGCAUCUGAACACAGACUGGAACCAGAUUCAUUCGUUCAUCCGGUCAGCGGUGAUGAGGGAACUCUACGACACUGUUCAGGAUGACGUUGCCCAGUUGUCCAAUCAGACGCUGAUCUCACUGGUGGAGUGUUACCUGGCCGCUGAUGGCUUCAGUCCCUCGUGCAUGGAUGCCGUGAACCAAGAGAUUCAGUGUCGACUUGGUGACAGCACUUUUUCGGUGGAAGAGCUCCUCACGUUGGCGAACAUCUUGAAAUGUGUGAAGAAAGAGUUGUCGUCAAAGUCUUCACCCCCGGGCAUGCCGAAGACGUCCACCAUGACAAUUGCUGCAGAAACAAAGUCCCGCUUCCUCUCCAGUAAUGUUGAAGAGAGCGGGAAAAAUGCCCAGUAUUUCGACAAGUUUUGUGCCAAAGCUCAGGAGAACAGAGAGGUGUCUCAGGCAAAGUGUUCUAGUCUUCUGGACGACAUCUGGAUCCACGUGGGUACCAGAUAUAGCGACAUGACCGAAGCGACCCUGCCCCUCACCAUGGUGACCUUGACCCCCGAGAACCGCAGCCUGGUGUCCCUGCUGGAGAAGCCGAUGCAGCGCGUGUGGCCGGGUCUGUCUGCCGAGGGCGCCAUGCAGUGUCUGGACAGCCUGGUGCAGCUCAAGGUCUACAACCCCGCCAUCCUCACACAGCUGGGCCGGUGGGCGUACGUCAACGUGCACCUCGUCACCCCGCAGCUCCUGCUCUCCUUCCUCAACGCCUUCCUGCACUUCCACUUCCUGGACCAGAACCUGGUGCGAGUCAUCGAGCGCUGCUUGAGUAAAAGAGGCGUCACC